UAGAUAUUUUUAAGGUGGAGCAUGAUGAGUCGGACUUUACUGCGCAGGCUUUUCUUCUCGAUUCACAGGAAUUAGGGUUUGUUUAUUGAGGUCGAAAUGGGUGAAGCAGUUGUGAGUAGUGACGAGGUGAUGGAGGUGGAGUUGCAGGAGGAAGAGAAGAGAGUGAGGGAGAUGGAGGGGAAGGAGGAGAAAGAGAAGAGUUCAUCGGGUGUGGUGAGGUGGGGGAGGUUUCUUCCUCGGAUGGUUCUGAGGGUUUUGUUAGUGGAACCUGAUGACUCCACUCGUCAGAUUAUCGCUGCUCUUCUUCGGAAAUGCAGUUACAAAGUUGCUGCUGUUUCUGAUGGCUUGAAGGCAUGGGAGGCACUGAAGGGGGAACCCCAAAAUGUUGACCUUAUAUUAACAGAAGUGGAGUUGCCAGCAAUAUCUGGAUUUGCACUUCUGUCAUUGAUAAUGGAGGAUGACAUUUGCAAGAAGAUUCCUGUCAUAAUGAUGUCUUCUCAUGAUUCAAUUAGCAUGGUUUUGAAAUGCAUGUUGAAAGGGGCCGCUGACUUUCUUGUCAAGCCUGUUAGGAAGAAUGAGCUGAGGAACCUAUGGCAGCAUGUUUGGAGAAGGCAUGCACCAACUGGUGGGCAUGUGUCUCAAAAUUUAAGCAUUGCACAGAACAAAGUUGAAGUCAGUUCUGAAAACAAUACAGCAAGCAAUCACUCGAGUGAUUAUGUGGUUUCUGCACAGAAAAAGAAGGAAUGUAGUGAGAAAGGGAGUGAUGUCCAAAGCUCUAGUACAACGCCUUACUUGGAAGCUGAGAGUGCGUACAUGGAAAAUAUGCAGGGAUUUUCACAGUUGAAAUGCAGGAGUGUAUCUAACUUGAGCAAUGAGGAGAUAAGGAAGCAUGAAGACUGUAUUGAGUUGGAUAAGGAACCUGAUAGGCUUGAGAGUUUAACUGGAGGAAAGACAAUUACAUUGGGAUCAGAAGUUGCACCUGGCAAUGAAGGUUAUCAUUCAGCUGCAUUCAGAUGGGAAGAAAGUCAUUGCCGUGCUAAGAGAGUGACUAGUGGGGAUGGUGUGGGACCUGCAAGCCAUAUAGAAAACACUGAUAUUACUGGUGAGAAUCAUGGUUGCAAUGAAAAAUGGAUUGAACCUUCUAGUGGGGCCAUUGACUUGAUAAGCACAUUUGAUAAUUACCCAAAGGACCGUAACCAAUUUUCUAGUUCCAAUGAUGGCAUCAGCAAGGAUGGUUUUGCUCCACAGUUGGAACUUUCUUUGAGAAGAUUCCAACCCUGUAGCUCAAAGAACCAUGGAAGUGAUGAAAGGCAUACACUAAACCAUUCUAACUCAUCUGCCUUUUCAUGGUAUAAUAAUGGGAAGUCAUUGCAACCCCUUUUUCCAGCACCGGCCAUUAAUUGUACUGAACUGAAGGAGGAUGCAAGUUAUUCUCAUGAACAAUUAUUCAAUCAACUCCCUGAAAAUACUGUUGGUACUUCUGAGAGGUGUGGUGCUGCACUGAGUGUUACUCAGGGAAAUAUGACCACUCUGGUCAUGGGUCAAUCUAAUCAAGCAGGGGCAGCAUUUCCAACCUCUCAACUUGGCCUAAUUCCUGUCCAAGGGGUAAGAUUUGAUAGUUCAUGUGCUGGCUAUGGCCAUGUAUUUCCUCCCAUAUUUCAUACACAACCGGGUUUACCCCCAAUCUGGAGUCCCAAGUCAGCUUGGCAGCGGGAACAGUCCCAUUUUUCCACAAGUUCCUCACUUUAUUACAAUCCUGAAAUUCAGAGUCUGGAACAAGAUUGCCUCACAUUUAAUUCUACUGACCAAACUGUGCAUGAGCAGGAGAACAAUUUGGAACCUAUGGAGGAACUGAGUCAUGGUUCUCCUGUUGCUGGUCAGAGUGCUAGUAGUAGUUUAUGCAACGGUGUGGUAAGUCAUCUUAGCAGCAGUGUGCAUGGAGGCAUUUGCAAUAGAAAUGAUGGCAAUCCCACUUCAAAUGGUGCCGUCGUGAGGACUACUGCUCCUGAAAGUGUGAAUGACGAAGGUCUCUCCAAUAAUGAUGCAUUGAAAGGGAUGGAUUCCCAUCAUUCCACCCAACGUGAAGCAGCUUUAAUGAAGUUUAGAUUGAAACGGAAAGAUCGUUGCUUUGAGAAGAAGGUUCGAUACCAAAGCAGGAAAAGGCUUGCAGAGCAGCGUCCCCGAGUGAAAGGACAGUUUGUUCGACAAGUGCAGACUGACACUCCAACCGCUGAUGGGUAAUCCUGGUACCCUUUGAUGCUCAUAUUCUGCGCUGCCAUUAACAAGACUGGAUAGCCGAAGAUGGUUGAUUGUCUGAGGCAGGUUACUGUACCUUUUUGUAUACUCGUAGCGUUUAGAAAACAGGGUUAGAAUGAUUCUUCUUCUCUGGGUGUUUGGCAUUGCUAUGGGUUUUGGUUGUAAUACUCUUGCUUAUACUGAAACAUAGUGUAGUAGUAGGUAUUCAACUUUUGUGCAGCCUCGAUUUGCAGUUGGAGGAAAUGCCUGAGUUUAUCUAUAUAUAUAGAUAGAUAUAUUUUCCCACUUGUUAAUACCUUAAACAUAUACAAGUGCUGAUCAGAUGUAAGAGUGUAAAUUUGCAUUCAUUGGUUGGAUUUGGGUUGAAGGUUGCUCGCUUGUUGUACUUACCCGCUUGUAAGUUGUUACAUUAUAACAAUGCAUAGCAUGGCCAUGUGCUCUCUUACUUUA